AUGGCUGGAGGCUGGACGUGGCGCCUGCUGCUCCUGUCCUCUCUGGCCGUGGCCGCAGUGGCGGCCCUCGAGAAGCAGACGGAGUUCGGCGGCGCCGCAGAAGUGGACGAGGACCUGGGCCUGGACGAGGAGGAGCUGAGGGCCCUGAUGGCGGAAGAGGAGCAGGAGGAAGAGGAGGAGGAGGAGGAGGCCACGGUGAUGGACGACGAGCAGGUCGAGGAGCCGGCCGGAAGCGGAGCGGAGUCCGACGUCUCCUUUCAGGUGACCUACAAAACUCCCGUUCCCACUGGAGACGUUUACUUCGCCGAAACGUUUGACGACGGCUCGCUGGACAGAGUCCCCGGAGACCAGGGCCUGGUGCUGAAGUCCCGGGCCAAACACCACGCCAUCGCCGCCAUGCUGGACAAACCCUUCGUGUUCCAGGACGAGCCGCUGGUCCUCCAGUAUGAGGUGAAUUUUCAGGAUGGAAUCGACUGCGGGGGGGCUUACCUCAAACUGCUGUCCGACUCCGAGGGUCUGAACCUGGAGCAGUUCCACGACCACACGCCGUACACCAUCAUGUUCGGGCCCGACAAAUGCGGCGAGGACUACAAGCUGCACUUCAUCUUCCGCCACCGGAACCCCCUGAACAAAGACGUGGAGGAGAAGCACGCCAAGCGGGCCGACGUCGACCUCAAGAAGUUCUACAGCGACAAAAAGACCCACCUGUAUACGCUGGGUGGGUCCCCACCGCCGGGCGCCUCUGGGGGGCGCUGUUGGGCCUCUAUUGGGGCGCUGUGGAGCCUAUGGGGGGCGCUGUGGAGCCUCUAUUGGGGCACUGUGGAGCCCUUAUUGGGGGUGCUGUGGAGCCCCUAUGGGGUCCUGAACCCAGACAACAGCUACGAGAUGCUGAUCGACCAGGCCAGCGUGAGCCGCGGCAGCCUGCUGAGCGACGUGGUGCCUCCCGUCAACCCCCCCAAGGAGAUCGACGACCCCCACGACUCCAAACCGGACGACUGGGACGAGCGGGCCAAGAUCCCCGACCCCGAGGCGGCCAAGCCCGAGGACUGGGAUGAGGAAGCACCUGCAAAGAUUGAAGACCCCGACGCUCUGAAACCAGAAGGCUGGCUGGACGAUGAGCCGGAGUUUGUCCCCGACCCCAACGCGGAGAAACCGGAGGACUGGGACGAGGAGAUGGACGGGGAGUGGGAGGCCCCGCAGGUUCCCAACCCGGCCUGCGAGACGGCCCCCGGCUGCGGAGUGUGGAAGCGGCCCACGAUCAACAACCCUCUGUACAAAGGCAAAUGGAAAGCCCCGCUGGUGGACAACCCCAACUACCAGGUAACAGCUCAGGCUCACCGGGAGGUGGGACAGGAGGUGGGUCAGGAGGUGGGACAGGGAGUCUGGAAGCCGCGUAAGAUCCAGAACCCGGACUACUUCGAGGACCUGCAGCCGUUCCGGAUGGCGGCGGUCCGGGCUCUGGGCCUGGAGCUGUGGUCCAUGACCUCGGACAUCUACUUCGACAACUUCAUCCUCACCUCCCACAAGGAGGUAACCGAGGAAGCUCCCGUUCCCCCCGGAGACGCCGGGGAAACGGCCCCGGUCGGCCCCCGGCUAACGGCAGCUCCCUGUGAUCUGGGUUUCAGAAAGCAGACGAGGAGUACGCGUACAAAAAGGCCGACCUCUCCCGGGCCGACAUAG